AUGAAAAGCAAAUGGAGGAAUAAAACAGAUAGCAAUAGUAAAGACAACAAUGACAAUAUUAGAAGUGUAAGUGAUAAUAAUGAAGAUCUUCCUAAAGAAGACAACAAAGAUAAAAAGAUCAAGAUGAGGAACGAAUCCACAAAAAGGAAAAAAAAUCCAACAUAUACAGGAGACUGUGGUGAAAAUUUUCAAGAAGACAAUUCAGACGAUGCAAGAGAUAAUGGACAUGAUGAGAUGGAUGAGGGUAUCAUAAGCAAUAAUUUAAUUGAGGACUUACUCGAAGGAAUACCAAUCGAAAAUGCCCUCGUUGAAAAUGUUGUUGGUAACACCAAUCUCCUCGGCACAAACUUUGUAAAUGAUUGGACUGAUAUGGAAGAAAAUUUGGAACACAGUUUGAUUCAUUCAUGCAAAAGCUUAUGCAAUGAAAGUGACAAAAAUUCUGACACCCCAUUGGAAAAUGACAUUUCAGACUUUAUAAUAAAAAAAAAAAUUUACGAAAAGAAUAUUGCACUUAUUGAGAAGCAAAUACAAACGAAUAAGCUGAACAAACUAAUGAAAGCGCGAGAAGGAAUUUUAGAAAUGCUCACCAUAAUUAAAAAUAGGAAAUUAAAUUUGAACAAAUUUUUGUGA